AUGGGAAAUGUGCCAGAAAACGUGAGACCCGCAGUUGAGCUCGACCCCUGGCUCGAGCCCUUCGCAGCAGUACUCUCGGAGCGCCGAGAGCUCGCAGACAAGUGGGCUGGUGAUAUCCGUGGGAGCCUGGGCGCUGGUCGUGAGCACACGCUAGCAGCAUUCGCGCGAGACGGGUACCAGCAAUUCGGGCUCCAUGCGGACGCGAGAACCAAGGAGAUCCGGUACCGCGAGUGGGCACCCAACGCGCAGCGCGCGUUCCUCGUGGGCGACUUCAACGGGUGGAACACUGAGUCGCACGAGCUGACGCAGCGGGACCAAUACGGGGUGUUUUCGACAACAAUUGCGCCGCUGGCUUCGGGCGAUUUCGCAAUCCCACAUGAUUCUCGCAUCAAAGUCUUGUUAGUACUGGGCGACGGAACGCAAUUGUACCGGCUGCCCGCGUGGAUCACGCGGGCGACGCAGCCAGACAAGGAGACCGCGCGGCAGUACGGCCCCAGCUACGAGGCGCGGUUCUGGAACCCACCCACACAGUACGAGUUCCGCCACGCACGCCCACGUUUCAGCCGUGAUCUGGAUUCACUGCGCAUCUACGAAGCGCACAUUGGUAUUUCUUCACCUGAGCCCAAGGUCGCGUCAUACCGCGACUUUACGGCCAACGUUCUUCCCAAGAUUCGCGAACUGGGCUACGACGCGAUCCAGCUCAUGGCCAUCAUGGAGCACGCGUACUAUGCGUCGUUCGGGUACCAGGUCACGAACUUCUUCGCGAUCAGCUCGCGGUACGGCACGCCCGAGGACCUGAAGGAACUCGUGGACACCGCGCACGGCAUGGGGCUGCUGGUCCUGCUCGACGUUGUGCACAGUCACGCGUCUAAGAACGUUGAAGACGGCCUCAACAGGUUCGACGGGUCGGACCACCAGUACUUCCACUCGCUCUUGUCCCGCAGGGGCGAGCACCCGCUGUGGGACUCGCGUCUGUUCAACUACGGCAGUUUCGAGGUACUGCGCUUCCUGCUCAGUAACCUCGCCUUCUACGUCGAUAUCUAUCACUUUGACGGGUUCCGCUUCGACGGCGUCACUUCUAUGCUUUACAACCACCAUGGAGUGGGCGCCGGCGGCGCCUUCAGCGGCGACUACAACGAGUAUCUCUCCAAAGAGCGGUCUGAUGUCGACCACGAGGCUCUCGCAUACCUCAUGCUGGCUAAUGACUUAGUCCGCGAGCUCUUGCCGGAAAGCGGCGUCACUAUCGCAGAGGACGUCUCCGGGUACCCAACGCUCUGUCUGCCUCGCGCGAGCGGCGGCGCGGGCUUCGACUACAGACUUGCCAUGGCGCUGCCUGACAUGUGGAUUAAACUUCUAAAGGAGAAGAGUGACGACGACUGGGAAAUGGGCAACAUUGUCCAUACCUUAACGAACCGCAGGCACGGCGAAAAGGUUGUCGCCUACGCAGAAUCCCAUGACCAGGCUCUAGUCGGCGACAAGACCCUCGCUUUCUGGCUUAUGGACGCAGCGAUGUACACAGACAUGACUGUGCUGAAGCCUCUCACUCCCGUUGUGGACCGCGGCAUAGCGCUCCACAAGCUCAUCCGCUUGAUCACCCACACCCUAGGCGGAGAGGCGUACCUAAAUUUUGAGGGCAACGAAUUCGGCCACCCGGAGUGGCUAGACUUUCCGAACGUUAACAACCACGACAGCUAUCACUAUGCGCGCCGCCAAUUUAACCUGGUCGACGACCAUCUUCUCCGCUACAGGCACCUUUACAACUUUGAUAAGGCCAUGCAGCUUUGCGAGCGCCAAUUCAAGUGGCUCAAUACACCACAGGCGUACAUUUCGCUGAAGCAUGAGGUGGACAAAGUCAUCGCUUUCGAGAGGAACGGACAUCUUUUCAUUUUUAACUUCCAUCCCACUCAGAGUUUCGCCGACUACAGAAUUGGGGUCGAACGGAGCGGCAGCUACCGCAUUGUGCUCAAUAGCGACCGCCCAGAAUUCGGCGGCCACAACAGGAUCGACGAGGACAAUUCGAAGUUCUUUACCACAGAUUUGCGCUGGAACAACAGAAGCAACUACAUUCAAGUGUAUAUUCCUACCAGGACAGCUCUAAUUUUGGCUCUCGACAACUGA